AUUUUCAUUCUCAGGUCAAACCAAGAUGGCGGGAUUUGGUUAGAUUUUUGUGGGUCUUUGUUGUGGAAGUUUUGUACGCCUCCUAACAGCACUUCAACGAAGAAAAAAGCUUUGCUUUUGAAGUAGGCUAACGAAAAGAGGUUGAGGAACACCAUGAUCCGUAUAGCUGCGUUAAACGACAGCUCCAGUGAUGAGAGUGAUUCAGCUCCGCAGGUGGACACCACCAAGGAGGCCAGGGAGGCAGAGGCCUUCGCUCUGUACAACAAGGCACUGGGCAUACAGAGAUCAGGUAACCAUGCAGCAGCAGCUGAGGUGUACCAGGCACUGCUGGAGUCCAGUCUGGUGAAGGAGGCAGAACCACUGGCUGCUGAUGGGGAACCAGAAGGGCUCAUCCACCCAGGUCUGCUCCUGAAGUACUCUGCCCAUAAGAACAUGGCGGCCAUGUUGGCGCAGGACGGCAGUCUGGAGGCGGCAAUGGAGUCUUACCUGGAGGCUGUGAACCUGGACAGCUCUGACGUGACCGUGUGGUACAAGAUGGGGAUGGUCGCCUUACAGAUACACAACUACUCACUCGCCAAGUACUGCUUCGAAUGUGGUUUGACCUGCAACCCAAAGCACUGGCCCUGCCUGGACAACGUCAUCACUCUCCAGUACGCUCUAAACUGUUACGAGCACUGCCUGGACGCCAUCUCACAGGCCUUGGAACGCGAACCCCACUACGCGAAGGGGCUUGCCUUCCGCAACAAGAUUUUCUCGGAGUACCCUCCCUUCCGAAGGGACACCCAGCACCUGUUCCGACUGUGCGACCCGAGUAUAGACACUGAAACUGUGGAUGAGGAGGAAGCAAAACAGUUCAUCAAGGAGGCUCUGGACAUGCGGGAGAAGAGACGAGAACUUAGGCGCAGACCGGAGGAUCCCAUUGUCCCCUUUGCCAAGCCGCUGACAUCCAUAACAUGGAAGGCUCUUGGGGAGAGUUUGGUGGCGACGUAUGACUAUGUCAAGACUGCUGAGAAACCUGUGACCAUUGGUUGCCGGGUGGACGUGACUCCGUAUCUGGGAUCCUCUGCGAGUCAGGCAACGUCAGCUCCAGAAAUUAGAAGCCCUGGGAGUGAGAUAAAGGUAUCUGCACAUGUCACUGUCCAAACAACUGCAUCUCCCGUCUCUACUGCUGUUGCCACUUCUUCCAGCACACAAACAGUGCCCAUUCUGCAGCCGCAUGUCGUCAUAUCUGCAUCAGGCACCCAGGUGGUCACCAUGGGACAGACCCAGGAGGUCAAGCCCCCUCCCGAGGACUCCUCUCAGUCCAUGGACACUGAUGGAUCCAGUCAGGCCAAGAGAGGGCCAAAGCGGAAACGCCUGGCGCCUGAUAGCGACCUGUCUGCCAAGCGGCGUUCCCAGAGAGUUAGGAACACUGGAAAAAAGAAAGAAGAGACGAUUAACUUUCAGGAGCUUCUCCAAAAUUAUCUGCCGUCCAGCCUUCAGGGAUCAGAUGACCUAAUGGAGGAGGAUGCCAGUAGUCAGGAGGCGAGCAGUCAGGAGGAGACAGUGGUGAGGACCGCGCCCCUGGAGAGGAUGGACCUCCUACAGAAGCUAUCAGGCAACAGGAGCCCAACUUCUUAUGUACUGACGGAGCAGGUGGAUGUUCUGGAGUUCCUGAGGAAGCAUGAAGUGAACAGUGGUGUUCUCCACCUGAUGAACAUGUACAUUGUCUACAUGGCACAGCGCUUCUACUCAAAGUGGCCCCAGGGACAGCCUGACGUUUUCCUGCAGGUGUUUGAGAGGGUCCGGAACCACAUCGUGCUCCCCUCCGUCUUCUACCGUGACUACGGCAACAGCUGGAUCCUGAAGAACGGAUUGGCUGCUCUGGUGUACGCCGAACUCAAGCUGGACCACUGGCUGGGGUUUAAGACUAAAGCCUCCGUAGCACCCAGGAACUCACCAGGGAAGAGCCCAGCGGCCGCCCCUACUCACCUGGGCCCAGACUUCCCAGGGAAGCACUACGUAGCCGACAUGUUCCACCUGACGGCCAUGACUGCAUGUAGGGACAUCCUGCAGGAUGGGUGGCUGGAGUAUGCCAUCAGAGUGUACUGGGUGAAGGCCCGUUUCCUGAUGCUGCAGGGUGAGAUGGAACAGGCCCUGGAUGCCUUCGACAUCUGCACCAACCUGCUGGCCAUGCCCAAACCUGGUUGUGAGGAGGCUGACCACGCCCCUGUAGUGGUGUCCCUGCCCAACUGUCGUCAGGACCAGAGCAUCACCCGGGACACGGUACAGAAACAGCUGGAGUCUCUGCAGAGGUGCAAGUCACUGGAGGAGGUGCAGAGGCUGUACGAAGCAGGAAACUACCAGCUGGUUAUAGAAGUUCUCCUCCCCACCCUGAAGCAGGCCCCUUUCAAGGAGGGGAAAGUUGUGGAGGGGGUGACAGAACGGCCCUCACAGCUGCUCUUACUACAGGAGUCUCUUCUGAGACUGUCCAACUAUGAGCAGUGUCUGGUGUGUGGAGAGGAGUCGGUACAAGAGGCUGUGCAGCAGUGGCAGGCAGAGUACAGCAGCUCCAGUAAGGAACAAUGGGGCAACAUGCUGACACAGCUCUGCACUGGGCUGGACAGGGCCAUGUCUAAAGGUAAGGAUGUCAUCAAGAUCCUGCCCUCCCACCGACUGGCACGUCUCACCCAGAACCUCAUCAAGGUCAUUGACAUGGUGAUGGCGACAGCGGAGGGAUCGGAACCCACCACCUCCACCGUACUGCCCUGGAUACUGCUCUACAGGCUCAUUAAGUACCAGGAGGAGCGCAUCAAGUCCCUGCAGGAUGAAACCGGCAGUGUUGCCAUGGAGGUGGAUAUACAAACAAAUGUACCACUGUCAGCACAGGAGGAGGGGGGGAAACAGGACAUGGCAGGGGAAGGAGCCAAACAGCAGAGCAUGCUGCCAUCAUCUCUCAUGCUGCUUAAUACAUCACAUGAGUACCUGGGCAGGAGAUCCUGGUGUUGCAACAGCAAUGGUCUCCUCCUGAAGUUCUACGUGACAGUUCUGAAUGACGAGCUGAAGGGUCUGGCUGAGAAGAGCAAUGCCAAGUCUCUGAAGGACCACCUGGAGAUGUCCCUGGAGCAGUGCUACUACUGCCUGUACGGGCACCCCAACAAGAAGGCUAAAGCGCGCCAUCUCAUGGAGCACGAGUCACCACAGGUGCCCUUGACCUGGGAUGACGUGGAGCCCAUGUUCGAGUUCUUCAAACCCAAGGUCAUCCCGGAGUUUGACAGCUACAAGACCAGCACAGUCUCCGCGGAGCUGGAACACCUGCUCAGACGAAUCGUAGCGCUGGUUCCGACGGAUCCCAAUCCCGCCAACACGACAGAAUCAGUAGUGGCGUACAUCGAGGGUCAGGCGGACGAGCCUCCGGCCAUCCCCAGUGACCGACCCAUCACUCUCCCUGUUGUGAAGGAGCUGUACUAUCUACUCGCUGACUACUACUUCAAAAACAAGGAGUCCAGCAAAGCCAUCAAGUUCUACCUGCAGGACAUCUGUGUGUGUCCGGACAGACUGGACUCCUGGGCAGGCAUGGCGCUGGCUCGCAGCAGCCGCAUCGAGCAGAAGCUCAACUCACAGGAGCUGAAGAACGAGGGGCCCAUCCACAAACACUCCCUCGCUGCACUGAGGUGUUUUAAGAGAGCCCUCGAGUUGGACAACACCAACGUGUCCCUGUGGAUCGAGUACGGUUCGCUGGCCUACUGGCUCCACUCUCACGCCUCCCGACAGCUCAAGCAGCGAAAGGAGAUCACCCUCGCGCCCGAGAUUGUCCAACAGAUGGUCGGCAAGAAGGCAGAGAUGCUGUCUAGGAGCGAGUACUGCUUCACUCAGGCUAACCAGAUAGAGGGAGACGGAGAGGAGGAGGAGUGGCUCCAUCACUACAUGUUGGGGAAGGUGGCGGAGAAGCGGGGCAACCCUCCGCAGGUGUUCCUGGAACACUACCGGCUGGCUGCUGUCUACCUACACGAGGAUGAGGCUCGCUACCCCCGCAAGAUCCACUACCACAACCCGCCCGACCUGGCCAUGGAGGCCCUGGAGGUGUUCUUCCGCAUACACGCCUCCAUCAUCAAGUACAUCCUGAAGGAGCCAAGCAAUCCGGACUACGAUCUGCUAGAGAAAUAUAUCAAGGAAGCAGCCGAGAGCCCCUUUGCACUAGGUAAGGAGAAGAGGGAGAGACAGAGGGACAGGGACAGUGUGGGGAGUGCAGCCGAGUCCUCCAGCCAGGAUGGACAGGACUCCUCAUCCUUAUCUAAAGUGACGAUGGCUACAUGUAGCACAGGCCCAGGCAGCACCCCUACCUCCCCCACAUACACCGCCACUCCUGUGGACCACGACUACCUGAAGCACAGGGACAUACGGCGCUUCGCAAAGAUUGGUGAAGCCAACAAGGUGGCCCAGGACUCUGCAAGCCCGAUCCAGGUGCUGGGGACCUCUGUAGCUGCCAGUGUGGUAACCACCUCCACUGUCUUCACUCUGUCUUCAACCACUGGGGUGGUGUCUUCAGCUACAGCUAUGGUGUGGAAGACAUUACAAAGAACAAACACGAUUGCUUUUAUAUUGAAAAAAUUUAGCACUUGUCAAAAUGGGAAAAGUGGACUUUCAACCUUAAAGUGGAGCCUGUUACAUGCAUUACGCCCUUUUCUUUACCAAGUGACUUACUCGAGGUGUCUCCCAUGUAUCAAAGCUCUGCUCAGAAGUAUGGCUGAAAAGCAUACAGCAGAGUCCAGUCUGGAGGGAGGCCAGUCCACAUUGGCAGCCCGUCCUGUGGCUGCACUGCAAAUAACAGCCACGGACGAUAGUGUCCUAACUGUGCAGCAAAGUGCUGGUCCUUCUGAAGAGUUUGGUGCACCUUUGCAGGCAGGCCAAGAAGGUGAUGUGCCUGUUGCAGACAAAGUUGAUGUAAAAGACGGCCAGGAAAUAUCUUCAGCAAAUUCUCAAGAAUCCGUUGUGUUAUCUGACACUCCUGUCAACCUGGAAGAGCCAGCUAAACCAGCAGGAGAUGGAGGAAACACUAUCACUGAUCCAGCAAUGCAGACUUCGCAUACUGAAGGCAAGACUGUCACUGACACUACGGUGCAAACUACACCAGUGUGUGAGUCAGCCACAACAAGGCAGGCUGAGGAGCCGGAGAAACAAGAAGAGGAAAAGGAGCAGUCAUCAGAGGAGCUCAGUGGCAGGAAAGAGAAGGACACUGAAACAGGGGAAGAGGUGCUAACACAGCCUCCUACACCAGUUGGUGCUGUAAGCGAUGUUAUUGUUGCCGGUAAGGAAGAAACGGCAGCUCCAAAACUUGACAGUGAAGAAAAACUUGUAUCUGCACCAGAGGAGGAGGCGGAGAAGGAUGUAAAGAAAGAUGAUAAGGAGGUCAAGAAAGAUGGAGUCAAACCAUUGCUCACAACUGACGCUGAUACCUUGGUCAAGAAAUCAGAUGUACAUGAAGCAGAUAAAGAUAAAGAAGGUGAGAAGGUAAUGCCUAAAGAGAAAGAAAGCACAGAAAACCAAGCAGAAGAAACACCUGUCCCUGACACUAGUGAGAAGGCUGUUGAUAAAUCAGCCCCUGACAUGGAAGCCAACACAAAGAAAGAUGAAGAAAAGGAGAAGACAGAGAGCCAGGAGGAACCAAUGGAAUUAGAGACUGCAGGGAAGAAAGCACAGGAGACGUCUGAGACGUCUGAGACCUCAUCUGGUGUCUUAGAAGACAAGGAGGAGAAAGACAAAGCAGAGAGUAAGGAGGAGGGCAAGAAGGAAGACACAAAACCAGCUGCUGCUCCUGUGGACAGAGAGGCCCGCAGGAAGAACCUGAUUGACCUGUGUGUCCAGGGGCUUCACCUGUGCCUCCACAGGUUCCCUCAGCACUACAAGUCCAUCUACAGACUCUGCCACCUCUACUUCCACUCACCAUUUCACAAGAACCUCCCGUGGGGGCGUGACCUGAUCUUGGGUCCCAAACAGGGCCACUGGAAGGAGUUGCCCCACAUGCCUGCUCACAGCCUCUUCCACGAGAGGAACAAGACCAACCUCUUCAACGGCAUCUGGCGCAUCCCCGUGGACGAGAUCGACCGCCCCGGCAGCUUCGCCUCCCACAUGGGCCGCUGCGUCUCGCUCCUGCUGGAAGUACUGCGGCAACUCAACGACAGCAACACCCUGUUUCAGCUUGCCACACAGCUUCACCGAACACCCGAUCAGGGCAAGAAGUAUCUACGUGACGUGGAUCGCACCAUGCUUGCCAAGCAGGCCUACAAGUACUCCUUAGAGACUCUGCAGGAUAUCGUCUUAGAGUACUGUAACGCGACGGAAGAAAUGGAGAACUCUCAGCUGCUAAAACUCGUCCUGGACUGUUGGAAGGUCUUCCAGCACGGACAGAGAACAGGCAGCAACAUGGACGUGGAGAGCAACAUCCUCGCCGACGCGUACGCGCUCUACAGGAUCGACGACAUGGAGCCCGAACCGAGCGUUCUGGAACAGGCCAUCAGCUACUGUCAGAACUACCAGCAGAGGCACCGCCUGCCGCAGACUCCGACGCACGAGAAACGCGAGAGCAGUUCCACGCCCACCACCCCCAGCAGCGGUGUGCAGAUGGCACUGACCUUCUCCUCACCUCCUGCCCCUGUUCACAUGGGGGGACCUAGAGCUGACACCUCUCCUGUCAGCACCAGUGGACAGCUACAGCGUAACCAGGCUGCGCCAAGCCAUGUCCAGUCUACACCAACACAUGUCCAGUCUACACCAACACAUGUCCAGCCUUCUCUAAACCCAGCCGGUAGCGCAUCUCAGCCUCUGCCAGCCUCCAGCAGCAGUUCCAGACCCAAUCCUCCAGUUACAACUGCAGCAACAACUGUUGCCUCCUCAUCGAAGGAUUUGCCAUGGAAACCUGCAGUCACUGCAGCAGAGGAGAAGAGAGAAAACAAAGGCCCUACCACCCCUACACACACCCAAGAACAGUCCACUCCACCUAAAGCAACAGCCUCACCCCAGGGUGUGCCAACAAUCACCAUCACCCCCUCUGGGUCGUCCUCUUCCCUGUAUAGAAGUGGUGCUUACAAUAAAACUGCUGAGGUGGCGCGUAGUACCACUACCACCGCACAGCCAAGCUAUCCAAGCACCAGCUUUUACGCCAAGCCAGGGACCAGUGGACUGACCAAGCACAGGCCCAGGUCAGGGUCUAUAUCGGAGGAGACCAAGCAGAGGUUGAAGGCGGCGAUCCUCACGCAGCAGUCGGCGGCUAACGUCCACCACACGCCUCUCCCGGAGACGGACUCUCAGAGCGAUGUGGAGUACAUAGAGAUUGACAGCAGCCAGGAGGAAUCCUCUCAGGAUAGUAUUGCAUAGGUUCAGAGACAUUCGUUGACCAUGCAAAGAUGUAUGAUAUGAUAUAUAUAUUAUGUGUACGACCCUGUUGUACUGUUAAAGCCCAUGUCACACAGUGAAUGAACAAGCUUCCACAGGAUUGCCAGCAGGUCCCUAAAUUUUAAAAUCUACGAGGCUCACUCAGUGACCGAUGACCAUUGGCUGAUCCCUAAAAAUGGUGUGAUGAUCAGGAGAGAAAAUAUUAUUCAGAUCUAGAGCAAACAGACCCCUAGGCUUGUUGCUCCAUUUCUCAUACAGUGUUUGUCUUCAUUCAAAUAAAACAGGCU